UGAGCGUUGCAGCACCUCCCCUGUGAGGGCAGGCUGAGAGUUUGGAUUGUGCAGCCUGGAGAAGAGAAGGCUCCAGGGAAACCUUAGAGCAGCUUCCAGUGCUCCUUCCUGGUCGAGGGGUAGAGCGAGGAGGAAUGGUUUUAUGCUGAAAGAGGGGAGAUUUAGAUGAGAUAAUUGGGAAGAAAUCCUUCACUAGGAGCGUGGUGAGGCAGUGGAACAGGUUGCCCAGAGAAGUGAGGGCUGCCCCAUCCCUGGAGGUGUUGGAGGCCGCGUUGAAUGGGGCCUUGAGCAACCUGGUGUAGUAAGAGGUGUUGCUGCCCAUGGCAGGGGGUUGGAACUGCAUGGGCUUUUAAGGUCCCUUCCAAUCCAAACCGUUCUGCGAUUCUAUGAAAGGGAUCUGAUCUGCAUUAGGAAACCUUAAUAUCUUAUUGUUGCCACCAGUGAUUUAUCCUCACUGUGGAGAGGGCAUGUUAAAGCAACUGGUAGCACUUUGCUCCACAGCCUCCCUUCCCCUUCAGAGAAGGAGAUGCUUAAAAUGCCAGUAGGUGCUGGAAGACCAAAUGCUCUUGCUUCCCAAACCUGCUGCCACCAGCAAACAGAACAGCAGUGGCGGUGGGAUAUGGUUUUCAUUUCGGUGCAGGUCUCCUCUUGGUGGCAAGCGCUGCCUUUUGAAGCCGCACGUUCAUUCUCCCCCUUCAAGCACCAUAAGUCUCGUUCGCCAGCCUCAGAACCAUGGCAACAGAAGAAAAGAAGCCAGAUGCAGAAUCCACCAAAACACAAUCUACUCCUUCCUCCUCAACCAAUCAGAGCAAGCCUGCACCAGUAAAACCAAACUAUGCUCUAAAGUUCACGUUAGCGGGACACACAAAGGCAGUCUCAUCAGUAAAGUUUAGUCCUAAUGGCGAGUGGCUAGCCAGCUCCUCUGCUGACAAACUCAUUAAAAUUUGGGGCGCAUACGACGGCAAGUUUGAAAAAACAAUAUCUGGUCAUAAACUGGGAAUCUCUGAUGUUGCUUGGUCAUCAGAUUCCAACCUUCUUGUCUCUGCUUCUGAUGAUAAAACUCUCAAAAUAUGGGAUGUAAGCUCGGGUAAGUGCUUAAAGACUUUGAAAGGGCACAGUAACUACGUUUUCUGCUGCAACUUCAACCCUCAGUCAAACCUCAUUGUUUCUGGAUCAUUCGACGAAAGCGUGAGGAUAUGGGAUGUGAAAACAGGGAAGUGCCUCAAGACGUUGCCUGCUCAUUCUGACCCAGUUUCAGCCGUGCAUUUUAAUCGUGAUGGAUCCCUGAUAGUGUCAAGUAGCUAUGAUGGACUCUGUCGAAUCUGGGAUACAGCAUCAGGCCAGUGCUUGAAAACACUGAUUGAUGAUGAUAACCCUCCCGUGUCAUUUGUGAAGUUCUCCCCAAAUGGCAAAUACAUUCUAGCUGCAACUUUGGACAACACUCUUAAACUUUGGGACUACAGCAAAGGAAAGUGCCUGAAGACGUACACAGGGCACAAAAAUGAGAAGUACUGCAUAUUUGCAAAUUUCUCCGUUACUGGUGGAAAGUGGAUCGUGUCCGGUUCAGAAGACAACCUGGUUUACAUUUGGAAUCUUCAGACAAAAGAGAUUGUACAGAAAUUACAAGGACACACAGAUGUUGUAAUCUCAACAGCUUGUCACCCAACAGAAAACAUCAUUGCAUCAGCGGCACUAGAAAACGACAAAACAAUUAAACUGUGGAAGAGUGACUGUUAAACGUUCCAGGAUCGCUUUAGAGACUGUCAGGAAAAAAUGUUUUUAAAAAAAUAUUAAAAAAACCCCACAUGAGAAUUGAUAAAUCCAGUUUGGCAGGAAACCUGAAGACUAUGAUGAAGUGGUUUCUGUUAGUCUUGGCCCAAAGAAAACGUCUUAGCUCUUUGCUAGAACUGGGCAACGUGUUGGGAAAAGAAAAAAAAAAAAGAUGCAGUGUCUCCUUUUCUUGCCUAAUCUUUUGGCAGACAAAUGGAUCAUAGUGACAUCGCAUUAGAAGUGUCAGCCUUGGCUUGGACACCCCAAAGAUCCUGUACUUGCUGGUGGCGUUACUUCUGGGCACUGUCGCUGCUUCAGGAAGAGCUGCCAGCCUGCAUUGUAACAGUGAGUUAAGUCACGAGCCUAGAGGUGUGUGGAAAUUUCUUUUUUUUAACGUCUAAUUUUUAAACCUUCUCCGCCCCCUCCCCGCCCCAAUGUAGGUUCUAGUCUCUUGGGAAGUUUCUGUAUUGUUUUAACUAGGAGUACUGCAUCUUUAAGGGUGCUUCGUUUUAAACACUCAGCUCAAACUUUGUGACCAAAUAAAACCAUGCGGUUCCAGAUUUCCUUCUUCCUGCCCCUGACUUGACUCCUGUGGUGAAAUCUCCUCCUACUUUCUGUAUAGUUGCUUACCUCUUGUUACGUGUGUUUAAUAGAUGCUGUUCUAGAGCGAAGUUCCAGUUCUUCUGUUAACCAUUAAAAUGAAUCCUGCUUGUAGUUGUUCUUGGCAUACUUUAAUUUUUUUUCUCUUCUGGCUGUAAAGCGAGCUCACAGAACACUGUAAAGUUAUUUCAAUGUAAAAAUUAAAAAACUCCAGACUUUUGUAUCUUGGAAACCCAUUGUAUGAAACUGUAUUGAUAAUGGCAUGGCUCUGUAUCUAUUUCAGCGUUGGUAUUUCUUUCCCUUUUUGUCAUACCCAUGUGGUAUUUACACGUCCAAAAAAAAUACCAUAUGCCAUAAUAAAAAGGUGGGAUUU